AGAGAGAGAGAGGAGGGAAAAAAAGUUACUGGUGAAGGUAAAAAAAAAAAAAGAAAUGACUGCGGCAGAGUUACAGCUACAGUUACCUCCUGGUUUUCGGUUCCAUCCAACGGAUCAGGAGCUGGUGAUGCACUAUCUCUGCCGUAAAUGUGCGUCGCAGCCGAUCGCCGUCCCUAUUAUAGCCGAACUCGACCUUUACAAAUACAAUCCUUGGGAUCUGCCUGAUUUGGCUUUGUACGGGGAGAAAGAAUGGUAUUUCUUUUCGCCGAGAGACAGGAAAUAUCCGAACGGUUCAAGGCCGAACCGUGCUGCUGGGUCUGGGUACUGGAAGGCAACCGGGGCUGAUAAACCGAUUGGGCAACCGAAACCGGUCGGUAUCAAGAAGGCUUUAGUGUUUUAUUCUGGAAAAGCUCCGAAAGGAGAGAAAACUAAUUGGAUUAUGCAUGAAUAUCGGUUAGCCGACGUCGACCGGUCGGUUCGCAAGAAGAACAGCUUAAGGUUGGACGAUUGGGUGUUGUGCCGGAUAUACAACAAGAAAGGUUACAUCGAGAAACAACCGCCGCCGCAAGGGAGCGUUACGAAAGAAGCUUGCACGACGGAGAUUGAGGACAGGAAGCCGGAUAUCGGGACAGUCGGCAAGGGCAUGUGUGGUUUGCCGCCGUCAGCGACGGCGACGUGUAACGAUUUCAUGUAUUUCGACUCGUCGGAGUCGGUGCCGAGGGUCCAGACGGAAUCCAGCUGUUCGGAGCACGUAGUGUUGCCGGAGUUCCCAAAUGAAGUUCAAAGCUUGCCCAAAUGGAAGGACGAAAUGGGAAGUGCCGCCGACAAUAAUGUCCUCGAUUCUCUUUAUAAUUACAUGGAUGCCACUCAGAUGCAAGGUAGUAAUAAUGAGCUGUCGCCGCUCCAGGAUAUUUUUAUGUACCUGCAGAAGCCAUUUUAGAGGUGGGAAAUGGAUCGAGGAAAAACCAGUGUGUUUUGGCGUAUUGCUGGGUAACACGAGACUGAAAGUCCAUGAGUGUACCUGUGGGCGUGCGCGUAGAUAAACAUUUAAAA